AUUUGUGGUGUGAAUACGCAGGUGUUGAGAAACUUCCAAACAGUAUGUACUUCGACUGCUACAACUCGUGUGCUCUAUAUAAUGUCCCGCGAUUUUGGACAAAUUUAUUAGAGGAAUCGAAAUAAAAUAAUUCACGCGACUAUAUCUGCUGAUCAGAUUGCUGACUGGGGAUAUGGAAUGGCUGCAGCUCUUUUGUAUUAGGCACAAGAAUGAUGCCUUCUUCGCAGUGCUUGCAAUAUAGGUAUAUUUCUCCAUUUGGCCACAACAGUUUGCAAUCCCUCAACUUUCCAGAAGAGAACGACGAGACUAUGGAGAAAAUCUUUACUGAGGACUCCAUCUGUGGCUCAAACUCCACCGAUUCCCAACUCUCUCACACCGACUGUUGCAUGUCUGGAAUUGAGUCAUCUUUGAGUGAACAGGCUGACUUCAAGGAUAUCUGCAGAGACAGAAAGACCAACUACAGAUCCACACAGACCAGCUACAGCCCUUACCAGCCCCCGCUAGGUCUACCUUCCGGCUACAAUCCCCAGACGCCCUUUCCCAGUCAGACGGAAGUAUUCCUGAGCACCCCACACAACAGGGACCUGCUCCACUCGAGUUCCAUAGGCAGCAGUUCGGUGGAAUAUCCCAGUGGCAACCUCCCCUCUUGCUUAGUGUCUGAAAAUUACUGCAGUUAUCCUGGGGAUUCCAGCUACUCUUGCUCUCCAGACAGGCACAGUCUGGGAGAGGGAAGUCUGGAACAGCCGCGUUCACUGCGCUCUAUUCCAACUGCGUUCACGCCUCACAGCUACUGCAUGCCUCCGCACCCCUGCGUGUCCCGUGGGCCGCCCUGCUGUAGUCAAUACCCUGUGGAUGUGUAUCAAAUGGAUCAGGGCUCUCAUUACAGGCCACAUUACCACAUGCCCUGUUGGCCUUCUCGCCCUGAAAACAGCAGACAAUCAGCCUCAGAGUUCACAUAUAGUGGCCACACCUCUUCUCACCCGCGAGCUAAACUAACCCCAAGCACAGCCCCCCUAUCCCUGGAGCAGAGGAAAGUCUUCGUUACAUAUGAAGCAGACAGUGAAAAACAUGUCAAAGAGAUCAUCAACUUUGUCGCCUUACUGAGACACAACGGCUUCUACACUCAUAUUGACAUGUUUGAACAACAGUUCAAGAGCAUAAGCAAGAUUGACUUCAUGGAGAGAUACAUCAGCGAAAAAGACUAUCUGAUCAUCAUAGUCAUUAGUCCAAAGUACCACGAGAUUGUGACUAAUGCCUCGUUUUUCAUGGAAAAUGAUGAAACACUCAACACUGUCUACAUACACAAGCAGUUACAAAAUGAGUUCAUUCAGAACGGUGCCAGGAAUUACAGAUUCAUCCCCAUCUUGUUUCCCGGUGCUAAGAAGUGCCACGUACCUUCAUGGCUUCAAAGCACACAAAUCUUCACCUGGCCCAGAGACCGUGAUGACAUUCUUCGUCGACUCAUGCGUGUUGAGAAGUACAACCCUCCACCCAUAGGAGAGCUGCCCACCAUUGUCUCCAUCCCAAUUUAGUUGGCUAGGUUUGUUUCUGUAUGUAGACCAAUGAUAUGCCAGUUGUAAACAGGCCUGGUAUCCAUUUUAAAUUGGUUUACCCCUCUGAGCAACUAGAUUAGUGUUUAGUAUGCUAUCCCUAAAGCUACAGUUGUUAGAUGUAAUCUUUAUAGAAACCUCAUGUCAUAAUUAAUUAAUAUUUCACAACUCAUCAAUGAUGAAUACAUCAGAAUGUGUCCCGACAUGUAGAAGAACUGCACAUGUGUAUUACAUAUGUAUUUAGUUCAUGAGUUACAUUAUUUGGAUAGCAGUGAUUUUUGGAAGUUAGCUCAGUUUUUUCUUUACUUUGUAUUAAGUUGUAUCAAAUUACAAUAAUUUUGGGGGCAGAAAAGGUCCACUGUUAGUUGUGUAGUGAUGUGCUUCCACAGAAGUUACACUAAAAACAAGCAGCUUUCUGUUGGUCAUUGACACAAAUCCAUGCGACCAACUUGAACUCAUUGUGAAAUCUGCAUGGGGAAAUCUUCUGCUCCAUGCCAAGUUCUUGAUCUUGUGGAUUUCUAUUGAAAUCAAUUUUUUCAGCAAACAUUCGACGAACAAUGAUAAAUGUCACCACACCUUUGGACUUAAUGAAACUUUCUGUAACAUACCCGAUAGCUAUUAAAAAAAUUUUUUUUAAUAUAGAAUAGCUAUAGUCGAGUAGAAAUCUUCAAAGACAUAAACCUUUUCAUCAUGCUUCUUUGCUGUUGUGUGAACCUGAAAGAAGCCAGUACUACAAUAUCUUCACACACUGUACUGUUUAUUAUAAAAAACCGCUUGUGCAUUGUGCCUUAGAAUUUCUCUUUGAAUCAGAAUUGUUCCCGAAGAAAAAAAAACUUUUAUGCUGUGAGCUUCACAUGGAGAUUUCAUGGUCAUUCAUGUUCUUAGAUGAUCAUAGUUUGUUUUUAAAAAAUAUAAACCCAUUUAAUAAAUGAAAUAAUCUGGA